AUGUUGUUAAUCAAACUCUUUCAAUUUAUGUUAAUGUUUCAUGCUUUUUAUUCAACCAACUCCAACCCAAGUAAGCCAAAUGUGAUACUGAUGCUCAUGGACGAUAUGGGCUGGGGUGAUCUUGGUGUUUUGGGCAAUCCAGCAAAGGAAACACCAAAUCUUGACAGAAUGGCUUCUGAGGGCGCUCUCAUGACAGAUUUUUAUGCUCCAAAUCCACUCUGCUCACCAUCAAGAGCAUCACUACUUACCGGACGUCUUCCAAUACGUAAUGGUUUCUAUACAACAAAUGAUCAUGCACGGUGUUCUUACACACCCCAGUAUAUAGUUGGAGGCAUUCCUGAUUCUGAGAUUGUCUUACCUGAACUUCUGAACAAAGCAGGAUAUAGAAGUAAAAUCAUUGGAAAAUGGCAUCUAGGUCAUCAAACACAGUAUCAUCCUUUAAAGCAUGGUUUUGAUGAGUAUUUUGGUGCUCCCAAUUGUCAUGUUGGUCCUUAUGAUAACAAAAAACAGCCAAACAUUCCGGUGUAUAGAGAUGCUGACAUGAUUGGUCGAUAUUAUGAAGAAUUCAAGAUUGAUAAGUCAGGAGAAUCAAACUUAACUCAGAUGUUCAUUGAGGAAGCUAUUGCUUUCAUCGAGAAACAGCAUCAAACUGGGGAACAGUUUUUCUUGUACUGGACACCAGAUGCCUCACACAGUCCACACUAUGCUUCCAAAUCAUUUCUUGGUACAAGUCAACGAGAGCUGUAUGGUGAUGCUGUAAUGGAGCUAGAUUAUGGUGUAGGUCAGAUACUGGGUAAACUGAAGGAACUUCAAAUUGAAAACAAUACGUUUGUUUUCUUCUCAUCAGAUAAUGGUGCUGCUCUAUCAGGUGGAGCUUAUGUUGGUUCCAAUGGUCCGUUCCUCUGUGGUAAGCACACUACAUUUGAAGGUGGUAUGAGGGAACCUUCUAUAGCUUGGUGGCCAGGUAGAAUAAAACCAGGAAAGGUGAGCCAUCAGCUGGGAACUAUAAUGGAUUUAUUCACCACUGCUUUGGACAUAGCAGGUGUGACACUACCAACUGAUCGUAUCAUUGAUGGUACUUCACUACUGCCAGCCCUUGUUAAUGGGAAAAUUGAUAGCAACAAGACCAUUUUCUUCUAUCGUGGUGAUGAACUGAUGGCAGCAAGACAUGGUCUCUAUAAAGCUCACUUCUGGACAUGGACAAACUCGGAAGAAGAAUUUAAGCGGGGAACAAACUUCUGUCCAGGGCAAGAAAUUGAUGGUGUGACUACUCACAAUCAGACCGACUACACUGCAGAGCCACUGUUAUUUCAUAUUGGUAGAGAUCCUGGUGAAAAAUAUAAAAUAAACUCCAAAAAAGCUGAAUAUAAGGCAGCAAUGCAACCCAUCUCUCAGGCUGUUGCUGAUCACAGGAAAAAUUUGGUUCCUGGUGAACCACAGUUAAACAUGUGUGAUACAGCUGUACAGAAUUGGGCACCUGUUGGGUGUGAGAAACUUGGUCAGUGUCUGAAGAUACCUCCAUCUAAUCCCAAGAAGUGCACCUGGCCACACUAGCGGAAUUUACAUCAUUAGUUUUUAACUCUUGUGACCAAAUUUUGUGCAAUAAUAUUUUGUUUUACACUCGCAGUGUUAUGUUCAUUGCUGCUUCCCAAUAAAGUAGUUCUUCAAUAUCUGCAAUAUGUAAUCAAAACACAAUGAAAAA